AUGAAACGCAAGGCCGCAACGCUCCUCGGUGAUCCGACAGCAAAACGUCCCCCAAGACAGGACCCGGUGUCCUGCGAGUCAUGUAGACGCAAGAAGCUUAAAUGUAAUCGUCAACAGCCAUGCAGUAGCUGUGCGACUCGCAGGCUAAGAUGCAACUACGGCCUUGGCUCUCCUGCCUCCCAUGUCCGCAAGCCCGGGGGCGAAGAUGAGAAUAGAACAGAAUUUGGUUCAAUUCAAAGGAAUGAUACAAGCAAAGACCACGCUCCGCAUGUCGCUACUGUGCAGCCAGUUGCUAGUCUACAGCCCCGCCGCUACAGCAGGGAAUCUUUGAUCACGGCGGAUCUGCUGGAGAAUAUACACAUGGGUUCCCGAGUACCCACUGCAGCCCCAAGAUGGUUAAGGAAUGACUUUUACGAAACUCGGAAAAGGGCAAGCUUACCAGUUGAAAGCUAUAAGUCUCCAAGUGCUCUUCUUUCACUCUCAAGUCGGAAUUGGACAGCCUCGCACGAAAACCCAGCAACAAUUAACCUCAUCCAAUUUCUCCCUACCCGGGACGAAGCAGUUGCCCUUUUCGCAUACUAUUCUAGCUAUAUUGACUACCUAUAUCACAUAUUAAUCCUGCAACGGACCGAGACUCAGAUCAAUGACAUCUACGAAUGCUUAGAGAAAGGCUUGCCAGUCAUCCUAGGCCACGUGGCCCUCUUAUUCAGUAUCGCUGCCAGUUCACUAUAUCUACAACUAUCAGCUGAAUCCUCCUCAUAUGCCGAAACCUGUAGCGAAGAAUUCACAUUCUUGGCUGGCGCUUCAUUAAUACAGAAUAACCAUGCCGCAUCUCCCACUGUUGAGGGUCUUCAAGCAACGAUGAUCAUAGCACAUAAUGUGUGCAAUAUGGGUUCUCAUCCAUCAGUCAGCGCGCUUUUCGUACAUGGCGCCGUCGUUUCCCAAGCAAAAAGCCUUAUGUUGCAUUGCAUUGACUCUCCUCGAAGUCGUGAGGAAAGGGAGGUGAAUGGCUAUGACCUAGCUGAAGUAGAAUUGAAAAGGAGACUUUGGUGGGACAUUGCUACUUAUGACUGGUACUUGGGGUUUCUUAGCGGUCCGCAGGAGUGGACCUACCAGAUUAGCCCUAAGCAAAUGAAUGUGCAACAGCCUUUGAAUAUCGACGAUAGCGUCAUUCAAGAAGGUCAUAAUGUAUCAUCAUUACCGAGCUCUGUACCUACAGAUAUGUCUUUCUUUCUUCAGCGCCUCAAACUGUCUAUUGGGUGCCGCGAUAUUGUGGACGACAUCGCCUAUGAACAGCUAAAUGGCCUAGAAAUCAGUUACCCAAAGAUUCUCGAGCUGGAUCGAAAGAUGCACCAGGCUCAUUCAGAACUUCCCGAAUUCUUUCGGCUUGACCCAGCCUCCAGGCGUCGGUUCGCUGCGCUUUAUCGAGAACGACCAGCACUUGCGUGGCAGAGAUGUAUUCUCCAACAGGGAUACUUUUCACGCAUAUGUCGCCUACACCGUCAUUUCUUUAUUCGCGGUGCUCGGGAUCCGACAUAUUCCUACUCUCAUGUGGUUUGUCUACAGUCGGCUCGCAAAGUACUUGAAAUAAAAAGAAUCAUGGAUGAGGAGGAGCCGAAAUUCAUUCCAAAUAGCGCGGUUGUCUGGUCUGUGAUGCACCAUAUGUUUAUAGCUGCUGUUAUUCUUUUGCUCGACGUUUGCUAUAAUUGGGAUGAUGUCCUGGCUGAGAAACGGAAAGAGGAGGUCUUGGAUGCUUGCCGUAUUUUGAGUAAAGCGCAACAGUCGUCAUGUUUAGUGAAAGAGGGGAUCCGCGCCAUGAUGAAUGUGCUACAGAAGCACUGGAAGAACGGCAAAUUAUUGGUGCCGGGCGGAUCGCAGUCGAACACUUCCUCAUCGCCAGUGCUAGGCCCUACAAUUGAUAGCGAAACACAGCCAACUUUCUUUUCUUCAGAUCCGAAAUACUUAUCAACGGCUGCUGCUCAAACCGGGGAACAGGUACUCAAUUUACCCUACGCCGAUCCUGUGAGCGAGGGUGAUGGGCGGCAACUGGAAGACAUAUGGUCGGAGAUACUCGAGACCGGUUGUAACUAUACAUUUGAGGAUACCGACUGGAAUGAGUUGUUUACUGAAUUGACUAAUUCUACUUUUCCUUGUGGAUAA